UCGUUGUGUUGCUGAGCUCCUGCUCCUGCCUGGCCUCCCUGUGUCUCUAACACCUCCUGACAGUCUCUGUGUGUCUGUACCAUCCGCACUGCCCUCCAGCUCAGCUUCGCUGUCCCUGUCCCUCUGGUUAUGAUGAAGAUGUCGCCCUGCGACCCAGAGGUUAACAUUCCCGCCAAGAACUGCUACCGGAUGGUCAUCCUGGGCUCCUCCAAGGUGGGCAAAAGCGCCAUCGUGUCGCGUUUCCUCAACAGCAAGUUCGAGGACCAGUACACGCCGACCAUCGAGGACUUCCACCGCAAGUUUUACAGCAUCCGCGGCGAUGUGUACCAGCUAGACAUCCUGGACACGUCGGGAAACCACCCGUUCCCGGCCAUGAGGCGCCUCUCCAUCCUGACAGGUGAUGUCUUUAUCCUGGUCUUCAGUCUGGAUAACCAGGACUCCUUUGAGGAAGUUCAGCGGCUUAAGCAGCAGAUCAUGGAGACCAAGUCGUGCCUGAAGAAUAAGACCAAGGAUAAUAUUGACGUCCCGAUCGUCAUUUGCGGUAACAAAAGUGACCGGGAUUUCUACCGGGAGGUGCCCAGGGACAAGAUCCAGCGGCUGCUGGAUGGUGACUCCAAAUGCGCCUAUUUUGAGAUCUCGGCAAAGAGGAACAGUAAUGUGGACGAGAUGUUCCAGACCCUGUUCACCAUGGCCAAGCUGCCGAGUGAGAUGAGCCCGGACUUGCACAGGAAAGUCUCGGUGCAGUACUGUGACAUCCUGCACCGGAAAACCUUCCGCAGCCGCAAGCUCAAGGACGACGAUGCGUACGGGAUCGUCGCGCCGUUCGCCCGGAGACCGAGUGUGCACAGCGACCUGAUGUACAUCAAAGAGAAGGCGUUCGGCGGCACCCACGCCCGGGACAAGGACCGCUGUGUCAUCAGCUAAAGCGGCCUGCCCCCUUCAAGCUGAGUAGGCUAAAAGGUCUGGGGACGGGGUGUGUGUGCGUGUGUGUGCUGGCGGCAAGUGGACAGCAAAGGUCACUCACUCCUGCCUCCUCCUCCUCCUCCUGGGGCGCGAACAAGCCCCAGUGACGGCGUUUGCUAAAGACUGGCGAGCCCUCUAGCGAGGACAGUGUCGGUACACACCCCGCUGAUGAGGCGAUCUCUCGUGGAAGUGGACGCCAGCUCUCACACAGGGACAGAUACAGGCGCAAGGACUGACAGAAACACACACAAAAUUGAGAGGCUGCUGCGACAGGUCUCCUGAGGAAUGUUCCUUUUUUUGUCGUUUUGACUGUGAAAUAUUUGUACUUGAUUUUUUUUUCAAAAGUCAGCGUAUUGUAACCUUGAUGUGUGCAGCAUGUAGUGCAAUGGACGUCAGAAGUUGUUUACAAUUGCCAUUUUUUGUACACUGGCAAUCAAAAGUUGUACUUGAACAAUGAACAAAGUCUUAGUUUUCUAAUAAAUGUUUUGAAAUAAA